UCGCUGAAGCGCUGGAACGAGGAGCGGGGCCUCUGGUGCGAGAAGGGGGUGCAGGUGCUGCUGACGACGGUGGGCGCCUUCGCGGCCUUCGGCCUCAUGACCAUCGCCAUCAGCACCGACUAUUGGCUCUACACGCGCGCCUUCAUCUGCAACACCACCAACCUCACGGCGGGCGCCGGCGGCGACGACGGGCCCCCCCAGCGCGGGGGCGGCGGCGCCGCGGAGAAGAAGGACCCCGGCGGCCUCACGCACUCGGGCCUCUGGAGGAUCUGCUGCCUGGAAGGGUUGAAAAGAGGCGUCUGCGUGAAGAUCAACCAUUUCCCGGAGGACACGGACUACGACCAUGACAGCGCGGAGUAUCUGCUCCGGGUCGUCCGGGCCUCCAGCAUCUUCCCCAUCCUCAGCGCCAUCCUGCUGUUGCUCGGGGGCGUGUGCGUGGCGGCCUCCCGCGUCUACAAGUCCAAGAGGAACAUCAUCCUGGGAGCAGGGAUCCUGUUCGUGGCAGCAGGCCUGAGCAACAUCAUCGGGGUGAUCGUGUACAUCUCGGCCAACGCGGGCGAGCCGGGCCCGAAGCGGGACGAGGAGAAGAAGAACCACUACUCAUACGGCUGGUCUUUCUACUUCGGCGGGCUGUCGUUCAUCCUGGCCGAGGUGAUCGGCGUGCUGGCCGUCAACAUUUACAUCGAGCGAAGCCGCGAGGCGCACUGCCAGUCUCGCUCGGACCUGCUCAAGGCCGGCGGGGGCGCGGGCGGCAGUGGCGGGAGCGGCCCCUCGGCCAUCCUCCGUCUGCCCAGUUACCGCUUCCGCUACCGCCGCCGCUCCCGCUCUAGCUCCCGCUCCAGCGAGCCGUCGCCUUCGCGGGACGCGUCUCCCGGCGGCGCCGGGGGCCCGGGCUUCGCCUCCACGGACAUCUCCAUGUACACGCUCAGCCGCGACCCGUCCAAGGGCAGCGUGGCCGCGGGGCUGGCAAGCGCCGGUGCCGGAGGCGGGGCGUACGGCGGGGCGGCCGGGGGCGCGGGGGGCGCGGGGGGAGGCGGCGGCGGUGGCGGCGGGGCGGGCGCGGAGCGGGACCGCGCGGGGGCGCCCGGCUUCCUCACGCUGCACAACGCCUUCCCCAAGGAGGCGGGCGGCGGCGUCACGGUCACGGUCACCGGGCCGCCAGCCGCGCCCGCGCCCGCCCCGCCCGCCCCCGCCGCGCCCGCGCCCGGGACCCUAGCCAAGGAGGCCGGCGCCUCCAACACCAACACGCUCAACAGGAAAACCACGCCCGUGUAG